AUGUACAAGUCGGAAACAUGUUCGACUGAAUCUGCCACAGAUGCUUCUUCCUCGCAACAUCUUGAAAUAGAAAGAACUUAUACGUCAAGCGACACAUCAACGAAGGUGGUAAAGAAGAAGAAGACUAGCAUAAAGGCAUUAGUGAAGCGUCUACUAGGCGUUCUGGCUGACUUAUCUUCUAAAAUGCAAUCGACACCAAAAGUGAAAAAAAUCAGCAAAACAAGGAAGAAAAAAAUAGUGGAGAGUCCUGAAAAAGCAAAUGAGGACAUUGUCAAUGCAGAGACUAGUGAUGUUUCAAACCAUCUCUUGUUGGACAGUAUUUAUGCUGCUAGUAUGAUGAGUUUUUGGAUAGAAUGGAGUAUGAUCUCUUCCAAACUCAUCACUAAACACAGGCUGCAUAUGCUCCCACUGGAUAUAGAUUUUUGGUCGAGGUUACUUGCUGUUACUCACCAAGGGUGGUUAAUUUCUUCGGUAACAUUCAUUUAA